CAGUAAUUUAUGCAUAGCGAUAGGUGAAAGGGAUGACACAGAAUUGGUAAGAUCCUUUUUUUUACAUAAACCUAAAUGGUUAAUCAUUAAACAUGGUCAAAUACCUCUGAGUGACUGUGUCUCUAAUGUAGGAAGUGGAACGUGGUGGGAACACUCUCCGUCAAACCGUAGAUUACGAUGACCUCUCUCUACGUUCAGUCAGCGAGAGAGAUUUUCUGUCUGAUGGGGACCAUGACCGCCAGCAGAAUCCACUUCCGGAUAAACGCCUGAAUCAUGUUAUGGAUUACGAAGCCCAGGGCCUUCUUCCUUCUCCUGUGAGAGCCGUGACCGAGCCUUGCGUCUAUAAUGACGUGCACCCCCCCAUGCUACAAGAUCAGAAGAGGCGCGACAGGCAGUCCCGUGACACAAGAGUCAUGAAAAGGUUCCAAAAAUCCCUGGUUGCCCUGGAACAGGACCUUAUGAAAGCCAAGGAGGAGCUCCUGGACACCAACGAGUACUUCGAAGAGAUGUCUCGUGUGAAGAGCCAGGGAAAAGGCCUGAUGGGUGCGUCGCUGAGAAGACUUGUUUAUAAAGUCAGAGGGAGAAGGCUCCAGAAGAUUCAGGCGCAGAAGUAUAUGCGGGUCAGCAAAGAUUUCGAUGCGCUGAUCCAAGUGGUGAUGGAGGACUGCAAAGAUGAUAUCAAUCUGACGGGCCUAGAGAACUGGCAGAGAGAGGUUAAGAGGCUGCGCAUGGCCUGCACGGCCUGUACUGAGAGGAUCCCACCACCCGAGGUGUGUCGUUCCCCACCACAGGUCCAACCCUCUCAGGAAGAGGAGUCCUCCAUCCAGCGUGUUGAUCUAUCUGAAACAGAGAUCACUCAUGUGGUCCCCCGCAUUGAGGACGCCAUUGAAUCCCCCCCUCUGACUCCUCCUACUCCUGAGGCCCUCCUCCCCAACCUGCAGCUUCCCCGGGCUUUGACUCCCCUCUACCGUGUCACCGUUGGAGUUGUGACUCCUAUGUGGCCUGAGUCUUUGCCUGCUGUGGGGUAUUUACCCCCCCCUCGUCUGCCACCAAUUGACCACUUGAGCGCGAAUGUAAAGAAGCUGCUCCAAGGAGGACUGGACGGGCUCCAACAGGAUGUCAUGGAGGUGAAGAAGACCUGCAAAGGGGAGAAGAAGAAGGCCGGCAAAGGGAAGAAGAUGGCCAAAACCAAGCGGCAUGUCAAACCACUGCUUGUGUUGGAAGCCAAUAACAAACAGCCAGAGGAAUACUCUGAAACCAAUGAGAAGGAGGAGAAAAAGAAAAAGAAGAAUGUGGGAAAAAGGUUUCUCCAGUGGCUGUCACGAAAACUCAUAUGCGGCUGUUGUUCAGAUGUUUAACAAACAUCUCCUUCUCUCUCUCUCUCUCUCUCUCUCUCUCUCUCUCUCUCUC